CGAUGCGUGUCCCACGUCCCACGUCCCACGCGUCCCAGUCCACUGUCCAGUCCCACGAAAAAGACCGGGAUUAUCGGGAUCACCGGGCCUUUCUCAGGCUUCUCUCUGAUAUAGUACAAACAGAGAGAAGAUACAAAGUGUCCACUUUUGAUAUCCCUAAAACUCUAAACGAAACUAAUUAAAGUUCUAAACCCUAAAUAAAAUCCCUAAAACCUUAACCUAUAUUUUAGACUCAAAACCUAUUUAUAUCGCCAGUCAUUUAUAUAGUCAUUAGUGUCAUUAGGGCGGUUGAUUUUAUCAAUUUGGUUCGCGAACAGUAUGAAAGCAGAAUCGACAAAUCUGCCAGAUUAUUUUAUGGAACAUGGGAGAUAAAGAGCAUCAUGUUCACUUUAGCGGUGGAAGCGGACUUGGAAAAGAUAACAACAUUAUGAUACAGCCACAGCGACAUGGUCAUAUAGAUGCUCAUUUAGGCUUCUUACAACUGUAUCACAGAUACCACAUAGAAUUUUCAGUGCCAUGGAACACGUGUAUUCAUCUGGAAGAAAAAACGGUAGCUCCGGCGGUAAUUGCAGGAAAUCAUAAUGCAAAUUGUCACAUUGUCGAUUUUGUGCAGGAAAAAGAUGGCUUAAGGUUGAAAGUAGAGCUGUUGGCAUAUAAGGAGAAAAUAUUGAAGGAGGAUGUCAAAGUGAUGUGUUGUCCAUCGGGUACUCCGUUGAAAAUUGUGCUGAACGCACGUGUUUUAGCAAAAGACAAGGGUACACCAUUGUUGAGAAACGGCAUACGCAGCAUUGCCGUCGAAGGAAUCGACGAAGAUGAGGUGUCUGAGUAAUGCUGCUUAUUAUCGAGCUGUCUUUCAGUGAUGGGUAUUUAAGCUUAAGUGCUGAAAAUCAAGUAAAGGUUCGAAUGAACGAACGAAUGAAUCAGCAUAGCCGAAAGUUUCCAGACUAGAGUGAACGAUGCAAUUGUAAGUGGUGUAAUGCUGCACAAAAUAAGAUAAUUUGCCUACUGCUCUUAAAAAUACAUCACACGCGAGACGUUUGCAAAAGCUAUAACACCACUUUCUGCUAAUUAUGUCUGCAAUUACGCGCAAGUUGUAUCGAACAAAUCCUAUUUUGUUAUUAUUUUAUAUCGAUGUCAAUUUUCAACGAAGCUUCCGUUAAAUAAAUAAUGUUUACAGAGAUGUGGCACACUAAAUUACUUUUCAAUUGUUCAUGAAGAUCAAGAUUAUUUAUUCGAAUAAAUUAAGACGCAAAGUU